CUCUACCUUCGUCACGAACUCUGCAACCUUCUUCCCACUGAAAUUAGGGUUUUAGAUUUUCGAAUUUCCUAGUCCCACGGUGAUUAUUCUCCCAUACAUGUGAGAGCUCGUUCGAGUUUCCUCAAAAUGGCGUCUAAUCCUCAACCUGAGUUGCCUUCGGCUUCAGGGAGCCCUUGCUGCCUCGCGUGGCAAGGGAAGUACCUAGGCAUGAAGAAGAGGCGUGAUGCUUGUAAAGAAGCCAUAGAGAUUCUCCAGAAGGCCUUGGGAGCCGCUAAUGAUGAGAAAGCCAAUCUCCAGAACGAACUUAGGGAGAUGGCGGAUAACAGGGACGCUCAGAAGAAUGAUUCAGUGGCAAAAGCAUCUUUGGAGAAGGAGAUCUGUGAUUUGAAGUCUCAGAUAUUGUCUUUGCAACAAAGAUUGGAGCGAAGAAAGCUUCACGAAAAAAGUGAAGAAGUAGAAUUUCUUCAGUCUUCUAGUGGAGAAAAGGAGAUCAAUGAACUGAAGAACCUCCUUGCGAAAGAGAAAUUAAGGGCUGAUAAUUCUGAAGAAGAGAGGGAACAAAUUUGUAAAGAAUUGAACAAGACGAAGGCUCUGCUGGUGAAAUAUGAGGAUAUCAAGCCACACGUUCCUGAGGUGGAAAAGGAAAUAAGUCUGGUUAAAAAUCUUCUUGCAAGCGAGAGGCAUAAGACCGAGUCAGAGAGGAAGAAAGCAGAAUCAGAGAAAACGAAAGCUAAUCAGUAUCUUUCCGAGUUGGAGGUUUUAAGAGCUACAGCUCAUAAGACUAGUUCCGAUCUGCUUACUUUGACAUCCAAUCUUGAGACUGUGAAAAAACAGCUCGAGUCUGAAAAACAAAAGACACUGAAAGAGAGAAAACGUGCAGAUAUGGAGACUGCAAAAUCUAGGGAACAGAUGAAGCUGGCAGAAGAUUUGUCUAAGAAGUUUGAAAUUAUUAGAGCUAGAAAUGAAGAGCUCAAGAAAGAAGCAGAAUUGCAGAGCGCUAGCAGCAAAGUCAAGUUUGCUGAAAACUCGGCAAGACUGGAAGAGGAGAAAAGGCUACUUGAGAUGUAUACGAAAGAAGCCAUGGCCUGGAAAGCUCGUGCUGGUGAUUUGACUCAGCAGUUACAAGAAGCACAAUUAGUGACUAAGGGUUUGAAAAAACAGGUGCUUGAGCUAUCACUCUCUCUGAAAUCCGCCGAGACUUGCUCUGUUUCGCGUCAAAAAGCCAAAGAUCUGAAAAAGGCUAAAGAUAGGCUUUUGAAAAAAGAGCUGAAGUUUGCGAAGAAAUGUGCAAAACACUCUGAUAAGGUGGCUGAGUUUGAAAAAUUCCUGAGGGAAUUUCAGGCCGAGGAGAUAAGUCGGUUAAAACUUGAGUUUGGUAGUUUUACAAAUCACAUGAAUUUGUUGGAUAGGUUUUCAAGAGGCGUUGGAGGUACAUCUGGUCUUGCAAAGGUGGAGGAACGCAUGAAACUGCAGAUGCUACAAUCCCAGAAGAACCUUAAAGUUCAAAAGCAUUCUGACGCAAGGUGUCCUUUAGUAGCAAGCUCUGGUCCUCAGGAGCAGGCUCGCAAGCUCUCUACUCAGUUAAUUGCAAAAUCCAGACAGGGCGUGUAUGAGUCUGUAUCAGGUACUAUUUGUCAAGUGGAGUCUCCUACUCGAGACUCUAGUGAAUUACAGACUUCUGGAGAAAUUUCCAGCGCAACAUCUUGUUCUGAUGGGCAGUUACUGGCCUCACAGGGAGCACAUCAGUUCUCUGAUACUACUUCAACAGAAACAUCAAAAGAUACAGCGAAUAUCCAACCCUCAAAAUUAAACACGUUCCAGAAUAUCGAUACCAGGAAAAAUGGAAAUCUCGGUUUGGUGGCUGAAAACUGUCUUCAAAGAUGUCAGAGAGAUAAACAUGAGGUAGUUAAUGAGCACUCUCAAAAAAGAAAAAGAAUGCCAGAGGUAGUUGAGUCCCGUAAGCAUCUAUCAUCUGAUGAUACAAAGACAAAUUUACAGAUUGGAGUGAAGCUGAGUCCCUUGCAGCCUUUAGAAAAGAAAACAACCUUGGCCCGCCUAGCCAAGACCCUGCAAGGUGGCGGCUCUGCAAAUUACACUAAACUUUCCAAGAAAAGAAGGAUUUCUUGUGAGAAAAAGACAGUUAUGAGGAACUCGCUUGAGCUUAACCGCCCAGCCAAGAACCAAGGCAAUAAAGCUGGAAGUACACAGGGUGCUGGGAAAAAUCUGUGCCUCUCUACUGCUAAAGGACAUGCUGCGGCAGCAUCAUUUUUGGAGGACGUUGCUGAUACAGAUUGUAUGAAGUUGCUGGAGUUGGAUACACCCGAAGAUGAAAGUCAUUACAAGAUGGCAAGAGAAUCACUUAUGUCCCCAGAUCUUCCUCAGGUAGAUUUUCUGGAUGAUCAGAUCGUGAAUGAAAAUCAGAAUCCUGCUAUUGACUUGGUUGCUAAAAGUAGGGUGAAUUUACGUGAUACCAUAGAUUCUAGUGAAGCUUCUAAUUCCAACACUCAUACUACUUCUGUGACAGACAAAAUGCCACCCAUGUCAACGACGGUGCAUGGUGGUAUUCUUAAGUACUUGGUUGAAUCCAUAAAUUCUAGUGAAGCUUCUAAUUCCAACACUCAUACUGCUUCGGUGACAGACAAAAUGCCACCCAUGUCAACGACGGUGCAUGGUGGUAUUCUUAAAUACUUGGUUGUGUUUUCAAAUAUUGAAGACCAGAACGGUAUCAUCAAAAUUUUACAUGCUGCAAACAAUUGUAUUCAACGUUGCCCAUCAGUUACUACAGCACAGUGGGCAGUGCCAGCAAUUCUGUUUUCUUUGAAACUGGAAGAAAACCUUUUGGCCCGGGACAGGGUAUGUGUGUUCCUCUCCUUGCUGUUGCAUAACUUCUCAGUGGUUUCCUCGAUGAAAAUUGGGAACAUUCUGGAUGAUGAUUUUUGCUCCUGCUUGGACUCUUUCUCGAAGCAUAUAGAUGGUGUUAUGGCUGAUACUGAAGCUGGAGGUAUUCUAUCUGAAAUUUUGGAAGAACUUCUUAGUCUCCUUCAGAAUUUCCUUUCCGAGCAGAGGAUAUUAUUUUGUGUUAAAUCAUCAGAAGCUGCUGAAUCUGAUUUAAGCAUCCCUGUCACCCUUAAUGGAGAAAAUAUGACUCUCUUCAGCAGAAUCGCACUUAUUGAUCAUUUGGUGGCUGGAAGUGCUAUUUUGGCGGUGAUAAGUUCUGCAGUGGACCGUGUUGGAUUUAUCCGUGAAGCUUCCUUUGAAAUCCUGCGCAAGCACAGUCAUGAGAAGACUCCAAUGCCACUGACCAUUCUUCACGUUUUUGCUCACAUUGCUGGAGAGAAAAUGAUGCCCUCUAGUGACCAUGGCAUAUCAAUUGCAGUGUUGAAAUCCAUUGUGAUGUUUUUAGAGAAGAAAGAUUUUGGUAGUGAGGAGGAAAAUGCUAAGUUGCACCCAGGCAAGAACAAGUGUCGGUUCUCAGACAGACCUUCCUCGCUUGAGGCUAUGGCAUCUAUUCUCAUGGAAAUGAUUCAAGAGUUUACUCAGUCGAAUACUUUGCAUCAGAGUUUGACCGAGAAGAGCGAGUUUAGACCGGCACACAAGGAUUUUCAAUGCAUACUGUUCAGGGAUCAAAGUGUUGCUUUAUGUGACGUUCUGUCACUGGUGGAGGUUAUCGCUUGUUACUCGGAAUGGGAAUGGACUACUGAGAACAUUGUUGCUCCACUGCUUAAGAUGCUUGGAACGCCAUUGUCAAUGAACUUUUCCGUUGAAAUCGUCUCUCUUCUUGGGCAACUUAGCAGUAUUGGAGUGAAUGCUGGUGGCUAUGAAAACGAAGGAGUCUCAAACUUGAGAGAGAAACUGUCAGCAUUUCUGCAGUGUGAGACAACACUAAAAGCUGGUUUUUCAGUCCAGAUAGCAACCGUGAGCUCCCUCCUGAAGACGCUUCAGCUGGAUUUCUCGGUAGUCGUCCAAGGCAAAGCCACCAUGCGUCCGGAUUGUGGCGACCAAAGCUCAUCUGCUUCAGCCAAUCUGGUGACCAAGUGGUUCUCUUUGUUGAGCGACGCACAGAGAGUUUUCACAACCGAGUUCUUACAAACCUCUGUUGUUAGAUGA